AUGUUAACAACUGAACAAUACCGAGUGAUUUUCUUGUACGAAUACAAGUUGGAUCACUCUGCCACCGAAGCUCUACGAAACAUCAAGCGGGCUUUUGGUAACGAUUCUGUUGACUUUAGAACUGUUCGGAGAUGGUUCCAAAGGUUUCGUUCGGGAAAUGAAAUCCUUAAAAAUGAACCAAGAAGGAGACCAAAAUCAGUUAUUCGGCAUGAUCAACUGAAUGCUUUGGUUAAAGGAAAUCCGAGAACAACGGUCCGAAAAAUCGGAUCAUUGGUACAGACAUCUCCCGCAACUGCUUGUCGGCACUUGAAGAAAAUUGGAAAAGUCAAAAAGAUGGAUAGGUUUGUUCCCCAUCAACUUAAUGACAUUCAAAGAAACAGACGCCUUACAGUGUGUUCCAAGUUGAUUUCUCGGUUGUAUCGACUCAUUACGUGUGAUGAGAAAUGGAUAUUAUUUGAUAACAGCAGGUGGACAGGACAGUGGUUAGAUGAAAGAGAGUCACCAAAACACUACCCAAAACCCUCAUUGCACCAUAAAAAGAUGAUGAUCACUGUAUCGUGGUCAAUAAAGGGGGUUAUUCAUUAUUCGUUUUUGCAACAAGGUAAAACUGUAACAGCAACAUCUUAUUGUCGGGAAAUUGAUUUUAUGCAUGAAAAAUUAAAAAAGAAGCAACCCAGAUUAGUUAAUUAG